AUGGCAGAGCAGAGGAGAGCGAGGACUGCUGGAGCAACUGGCAACAGGGACCAUAUCACCAGCAGCACCCUGCACACCCACAGCCACACAACCGAUGUAAAGAGGUAUCGUCCUGGUGAAUCUGGUUUCACCAACAACCAGAGGCUCGUUCUUGGAUACCAGCCGAGUUUGGACCUCGUGGACAACCCUCAAUACGGGUCACUUCUAUUCGACAACUAUAACACGGAGACCAAAUGUCAGUACCAGCCCUAUGCUCACCACGAUGGUUCUGGGUUCAGCUUCAAUGACAAAAACAAACAAAGUGGAUUCUACCAGCUGAACGGGCCCCAGAAGCCACAGUCCCGGUACCAGACGACUGAAUUCCAAGCCGUGUACGUGGAACAUCCUCUGGCACCAACAGUGCCUCAAAGUGUGGUUGAUCAUGGAAAGCAUUCAGGAUCAGGAUUCACGAAAGGAGAGGACCUGCAGAUCAACACCUUUAUGAGCAAAACGUGUCCCCCGAUUGAGCCGCGAUACACACACUCGUCUAUAAUGAGGACCGACUUCCAGAGACCUCGUUUGCAGCGGCCAGAAGUCAUCCCCAACCUGAGCAGCCAUUCGAGCCGAGACACGGGCUACAGCCGAGGCCCCGCUUUGGGCAAGUCCGAGCUCCCCGCGGCCUUCUCCACGCCGGACUCAAGCCCCCGAACUCCUGAAGACGAUGGGGAAAAAGGAGCCAUCAGGGUUUCUCCACAAUGCCCCGAGCGACAGGACCUUUCCUCUUUCUCCAUUGCCCAGCUCGCACUUUCUCACACAUUAUAA